AUGUCAAAAAGUGGGCUCAAGCUAUUGCAAACAAUGAGAAAACAUAAAUCUUUGGUUUACACCCUGAAUUUUAUGAAGGAUAGAUAAUAAUUAGUUUCUAGUUCGCUUGACAAUUCCAUCGUAAUUUGGUCGGAAAUUAAUCUAUCCAACCCUAAAUAUCUCACUAAACUAAAUGAUCACAAAGAUUCUGUUAGAUGUCUAAAUUAUAGUUCGCAUUUUUAAAGUUUAAUUAUCAGUGGAUCAGAUGAUCAUAAUAUUAAAUUUUGGUAUUAUUAAAACUCUUAUUCAUCUUGGUCUUGUUAAUAAACAAUUAGAGAACAUAAUGAUUCGGUUUAUGGAUUAUCAAUGAAUCAGGAAGGAACCACACUUAUUUCUUGUAGUUCAGACAAGCAGAUAUUGGUAAUGAAUAGAGAUAAUUCAAAUAUGAAAUAUUGGAAGGUCAUCCAAACGAUUCAUGUAAAAAAAUGGGGACUUCGGAUUUGUUACAUAAAUAAUAAUAUGUUUGCAUUCUUACCUCAUAGUAAUGGAGAACAAUGGAAAGGUGGAAAGACUCUCCACAUAUACACAUUAACCAAAGACACAAAAAAAUUCAGAAAAAGGGAAGAAUAUAAAAUUCAAGGUGGAGGACAAUUUUGCGACGCUGAAUUUCCUGCUCUUUUUGUCUAAUCCAAAUAAAUACUCUUCCUUAAAAAUGGAUGCACAAUAAAUUUAUUAAAAUUUAAUGUUUUCAAUAAUUCUAUUUAAGAAGAUACAUACUAAUGUAAAUUAUAAUAAUUUAUUUAUUUUGAUUGUAAGGAUAAAGAUGAAUGUGGAGCUUUAUUUGGAACAAUUAGUGAGAAUGGAGAGUAUUUGAUAACAUGGGAUUGGAAAAAAGGGUAAAUUCAGGUAAGAAGAUACUAAGAAAUUCUUGAUAUAAAUCAAAUAUGA